AAAUUAAAGUAGAUACAAUUCGUACAAUUCAAUACAAAUUUGUAAGUUGAUACAAUUUAUACAAUCUUUUAAAAAUGGGCAAGGCAACGCAGUUUGUAGUGGGCUUUAUUGGCGCUAUGGGCGCCUUUUGCCUGGGGGCAGUGAUCGGAUGGUCGGGACCUGUGGAGAUGGAAAUCAAGUACUUCGGGGCCUACAGCUUUGAGCCGAACACAACUGAAUGGGGCCUCGUGGGAUCCCUGAUGACGCUGGGAGCAGCCUUCUCCUGCAUUCCGGUGGGCAUGCUCAUUGGGAAGAUCGGGAGGAAGACGACGAUGCUGAGUCUGUUGCCACCGUUCUUCAUCGGUUGGCUGCUGAUCAUCCUGGCGGUGCACAUAUCAAUGCUGCUGAUCGGACGCUUCAUAGCCGGAUUCUGCGGAGGAGCGUUCUGCGUGGCAGGACCCAUGUACUCCACCGAAAUCGCAGAGCUCCAGUACCGCGGCAUCUUGGGCUGCUUCUUCCAGCUGCUCAUCGUCAAUGGGAUUCUGUACGCCUUUAUCGUCGGGGCCUUCGCGAACAACCUUUACUUCAGCAUCGCCUGCUCCAUUUUGCCGAUAAUCUACUUUCUGAUAAUGAUGUUUAUGCCGGAAUCGCCGGUCUAUCUGGCCCAAAAGGGCAAGACCGAGAAGGCGGAGAAGUCACUGAAGUUCCUGCGCGGCAAGGAUGCCGAUGUGAGCGGUGAGCUGAGGGACAUAACCGCGGAGGCCCAAAAGGAGAAGACCAGCGCUAGGAAAUUGCUCUGCCGGAAGGUUACAAUCAAGGGCCUCUUCCUGUCCAUCAUGCUCAUGGUUUUCCAGCAGAUGACCGGCAUCAAUGCGAUCCUGUUCUACACCACAUUCAUCUUUCAGUCGGCGGGAUCUACUCUGGAACCCCGAUACUCGACGAUUAUAGUUGGCAUUGUGCAGGUGGUGGCCACGAUGAUCUCAAUCUUAUUGAUCGAGAAGCUGGGACGCAAGAUACUGCUCCUGAUCUCCUCUGCCAUGAUGGCCAUAAGCACCCUGAUCAUGACCCUUUACUUCGCCCUGCUGAUGAUGUCUGGAGUCGGCUGGCUGGCCCUGAUGGCCGUCUGCAUUUUCAUCAUCGGCUUCUCGGUGGGAUUCGGACCCAUUCCCUGGGUCAUGAUGGCCGAGCUGUUCGCGGAGGACGUUAAGCCGCUGGCUGGUUCGAUAGCCGGAACUAUGAAUUGGAUGUGUGCCUUCCUCGUCACUUUGCUAUUUCCCGUUUUAAAUGUGCAUAUCGGAGCCACAGGCUGCUUUGGAAUUUUCUUAGCUUUCGCAGUAUGCGCCUUUUUCUUUGUACUCUUUCUGAUCCCCGAGACGAAGGGCAAGACCCUCAACGAGAUUCAAGCCAAGUUGGGCGAGAAGAAGGAGUAACCUCUUGAAAGCCCGAAAUAAGUCACUUUUAACUUAAACGAUCUCUAGAUGUAUAUCUGUGAGCAUGACUCUUUUAAAAUUUCACUGUAAUCUUUGGGAAAUCUUGAGUAAUAUAAUCUGGAUGGAGAUACACAAGAA